UAUGAUAAAUGAUUACGGCGGACCUUAUGACUGGAAAAAAUCUGGAGCAGCAAUUAGAUUAGCUUUGGAAAGAGUUAAUACAGAUAUUCUAAAAGGUACGCCCUAUCAAAUAACAGCUAUUGAAAAACAAUAUGGUCCUGGUUGCGAUCAAAAGGAAACUCCAGCAAUAUCUGCGGAACUGUAUUACAAGCAAAAUGUCUCGGCCAUUAUCGGGCCUGGUUGUUCCGGAGCGUUAGAUUCUGUUGCGUUUAUGGGAUCGAAAUGGAAUCUUCCAAUUAUUACAGGUGAAGGAGCUGCCGGAAGAUUCAGCUUCAAGCAAGACUAUCCAACAUUAGUUAGAUUAGCAUAUUGCCAGUGCGCCCUUCGAAGAGUUUUUGGUUCUGUUUUCAAUUAUUUCAAUUGGACAACUGUAACUAUAUUUACGGAUGUCUAUAAUGAAUUUAGUAAAGAAAUGGCAAAUACCCUAAAUAGUGGUUUGAGAAGAAUGCAAAUAUAUCCUUAUACAGAGGACUUUGACAGUCGUAAUUUUAAGGAUGAUAUAGAAAAGUAUAAGAAACUACUUAAAGAUGCUAGCGAAAAAUCUCGAAUUUUUAUAUUUAUGGCUAAUGGAACUGUAACGAGAAAGUUAUUGUUGGCUUCUUAUGAUCUUGGUUUUGCGCAAAGUGGAGAAUAUGUCCUUAUGGAUGUUGAACUCUUUCAAGAUAAUUUCUGGGGUCAUUACCACUGGGAAAUGAACUUGGGAGAUGAUUCUAAAAUACGUAAAGCUAGUGAAGCGGUUAUUAGAAUUGGUCUUAAAUUGGAACAAAGCGAUAAAUUCAUACAAUUCGCUAAAGAUGUCAAAUUAAGAGCUAAAAAAGACUUUGGUUACAAUUAUUCAGACGCCGAGGUUAACUUUUUCAUAGGAACUUUCUACGAGUCAGUUAUACUCUACGGUACUGCGUUGAGAGAGAGCCUAAAAGAAGAUAUUGAUCCGAGGGAUGCGAGGAAAUUUUUGAAAUUUUUUAGAGAAAGAACUUUCGACGGUAUUACUGGUCCUGUGUAUAUGAAUGCAAAAGCCGAUAGGGAAGCUACCUACGAAAUACUUGAUAUGAAUCCUGAAACUGGUAAAUUUGAGACUUUUGGACAUUAUAGCGGAUUCUCUCUAAAGUUUGAACCCGUUCCUGGUAAAAUAGUUUUUUGGCCUGGUGGAACAAACAAACCGCCACUUAAUGAACCCAAAUGCGGCUAUAAAGGCGACGCUGUUUCAUGUCAAAAGUCUGAACUUUUUGCUCUGACAAACAUCAUUUUAAUAACUUUGCUAUGUCUUUUUCUUAUUUCUUUUAUAAUUGCUGGAUUAAUUUACAGGAAAAUGAAAAUUGAAGCGGAAAUAUCAGAUAAUUCAUGGAUAGUGUCUGAUGAUGAUAUCAGCUAUCAAACAAAUAUCGGCAGAAGUGCAUCAAUAAGAUCUAAAAUUGGAGAUAUUGAUAGUUAUUACGAUGGACGAUCAAUUAAAUCGAAGAGAAGCUACUUAUCCUUACAAGCAUUCAUAGAAACAGGUAGAUUAAGGGAGACUAUUGUCGCCGUCAAAUCUGUUGCACUUGAUAGAAAAUUGAAUAUAACAAGAAAACUUCGUAUCGAGAUAAAACAACGGCGUUUAGCAUCUCACAACAAUAUCUUAAAAUUCAUUGGAGUAAUUGUCGAUCCAGUUUCAAGAAGUGCAUUAAUUCACGAAUACUGCCGCAAAGGAAGUUUACAAGAUCUUCUGGAAGAUGAUAAUUUAGAAUUGGAUUGGUCUUUUAAAUAUUCAAUGAUGAAUGAUAUUGUUAAAGGAAUGCAGUUUAUUCAUUCAUCCGCUAUUGGAGUACAUGGAAAUCUGAAAUCGUCAAAUUGCCUUAUUGAUGAUAGAUUUGUUGUAAAACUAUGUCAUUUUGGUUUGCCAAGUUUUUUAAAUAAUAUUGAAAGGAAGGAAAAUACUCAUGCCUUUUAUGAGGCUCUUCUCUGGUCAGCCCCAGAAAUUCUAAGAGAAUCAAAUUGUAAAUAUCCAUUAGCAUCUUCACAGAAAGGUGAUGUUUAUAGUUUCGGAAUAAUUAUUCAAGAAAUUAUUCUAAGAGGCUGCCCUUUUCUAAUGGAAAGAGAUCUAAAGACAGUUGAAGAAAUUGUAUUGGAAGUUCAUAAGGGCAUUGAGCCUUUAACUAGACCUAGUAUGCCUGAUGAUUCCACGGACAAAUAUAUAACAGCAAUAGCUGAAAGUUGUUGGAACGAAAAUCCUAAUUUUAGGCCUACUUUUCCAGAUUUGAAGCAAAAACUAAGAAAACUUACAGGGGGUAAAGAUGCAAAUAUUAUGGAUGAUUUAUUAAAGAGAAUGGAACAAUAUGCUAAUAAUUUGGAAAAUAUCGUUGAAGAUCGUACAAAACAACUGGCGGAAGAGAAGAGAAAAACAGAUGAACUAUUGCUCCAAAUUCUACCAAAGUCGAUUGUUGAUCAAUUAAAAGCAGGAAAGACUGUAACUCCGGAAACGUUUACGAGCGUUACAAUCUAUUUCAGUGAUAUUGUUGGUUUUACGGCACUUUCGGCUCAAAGUACUCCUAUUCAGAUUGUUAAGCUUUUGAACGAUUUAUACACAAUGUUCGACGAGAUUAUUUGCGAAUUCGACGUCUAUAAGGUGGAAACAAUCGGUGACGCCUAUAUGGUUGCCUCCGGCCUACCAAUAAGAAAUGGUCAGAACCACGCAAAAGAAAUUGCUAAAAUGUCUUUGAAGCUUUUGUCGAAGGUGAGAUCGUUUCGAAUGGAACAUAGGCCAGAUGAACAACUGAAAUUGAGAAUUGGUCUGCAUACUGGUCCUUGCGUUACGGGAGUUGUAGGUUUGAAGAUGCCAAGGUAUUGCCUAUUCGGAGAUACUGUAAAUACAGCAUCGAGAAUGGAAUCGACAGGAGAACCCUUGAAAAUUCAUUUGAGUUCUGCAACUGCCGACAUUUUGAAGACUUUUAGCGAAUUUCAACUUGACUGUCGAGGAGAAAUCGAAGUUAAAGGAAAAAAUAAAAUGACAACUUAUUGGCUCAUUCAAUGA